AUGGGGCGGCCGCGGCAUCACGUACCCGAAGGUGUUAUCCACGGAAUCCUCCGACUCCUCCCCACUAUCCCUGCGGCUCGCAUGAGCUUUCUUUCCAAGCAGUGGGAAGGCCUCAGGUCUUUAGGCUGUGUAUUAGAUUUCGUGGAGGACAACCUUGAUGGCGAACUUGAUGAUCGACCAAGAAACUUCAUCAACACUUGCGACAGGUAUUUAGACCAGUUCCGUGAGUGCGACAAGAUUUCCAUACACAAAUUCAGGCUUCACAUGAGGUACUCUUCCGAAGACGCUAACAUGGUCGAUGAGUGGUUGAAUUUUGCAGUUGAGAGAGGGGUGAAAGAGUUGGAUAUCAACCUUCCAUCCGGAGGUAAACGGGACAAGAAAUAUUGCUUUCACUUGCAGACCAUUGCUAAUGCUGCAAAAACUCUAACUAGCUUUAAUGUGGAGAAUGUCGAGUGUGAUCCAUAUUUUUCUUUUAGAAAAACAAUACCAUCUACUACCUUUCUGUACUUGAAAAGUUUGUCCCUUAAAAGUGUGAAGUUGUGGUGCUUCAACAUGUUCUUCGAACGUAAAUUCAAGUGCCCUUCCAUCGAGUAUUUGUCAUUAACGUCAUUAACGUCAGGUGGUUAUAACUAUUUUUGUUUCUCAAGCUCCAGUCUUAAAUCCUUGGAAAUUAUGCUCUGCCCUGAUUUGUGGAAGAUCGGAGUACUUGAUGCUGUAAAUCUUGAAUCUUUUAAAUUUGUUUCAAGUUCGGAAUUGGUUGAAGGAUACAGCUUGAAACAUGUCUUGAUCAGUGGAGCUAAGCAUCUGAGAAACUUUGAAUUAUAUGGAUGCAAAGAUAAUUCUAGCUCUUUGGAUCCAGAGUUAUGGGAGGCUAGAAUCACACUUCCAGAUACUGAACUACCGGCCUUUGACUGCUCAUCUAAACACUUUUCUUCUCUGCGAGAUUAUCUUGAAUGUUUUGAUUGCUUCAAAGAAAUUACACUGGAAGUUGACGAUGCUAAGGCUCUUAUCUUUCCAGAAAACUUCAGACAGACCCGCUCUCCACCGUUGCUGAAUCUCAACAUUCUUGAGGUCACGUCCAAGUUUGAAGUCCGAUCAGAGCUAAGCACUUCGGGCAUCUUAAAAGCCCUCUGCAGCACCCUAGUUGGGCGGUCCUCGCUAGCACAAGCAUGUUGGAAUUCAUGUGAUUUCAUCCCAUUUGAAUUCCAGUGA